AUGUACCGCGAGCCAAGGCGUCUUGCCAACAUCCUCAAGUGCAGAUUCUGUCGACGAGACAAGCGGAGGUGCCUCCCUGAGAACCGAGUCUGGCCCGGCCAAAAGUGCGAGGCGUGCGAGCGAUAUGGUUACGACUGCUCGAUCGGCCUGAGUGCGGAGCAGGAGAAGGCGGAACAGCAGAGGCAGGCGCACAGACGGCAGCAGAGUGUUGUAGCGGGCGGAGGCAGUCAACAGGGCAUCGUCGCCAAUGCCUAUACGCAUACGAGGCAGAUUGAGGGUCGAGAUGAUGCGACAACCUGGACCGCCCCCACGCAGGAGGCACGUCCUCUGCAGACGGUGCCAUCUGAGCAGCUCAUCAAGCUUCGCCCAGACGCCACUAAUCCUAACUCCCUGACACUCUACAUACCCCGGGCGGCUGGCCGCAGGAUGGAAUUCGCGGGGACGCUGGAUCUAGAGGAGAGACUGAUGCGCCUCUGGGCCAAUCCGGAGACCUACGAACAGGCGUGCAGCUCGCGUUUAGCUAUAACAUGCUCAGAACUUUUUAUCCACAUUCGACGAAUUGCAGAAUCCGACGAGCUAAUCUUCUCCUCCCUAUUCGCCUUCAUCGCCGGCAACCUGGGUGUCUACGCCAAUCGACCAAUCGCCCUCCAACUCGAAUCCGCGUCACGGCAGUACCUCGAACGCUCGUUCAACAUGCUCAAGACGUAUAUGGACCAGGCAGCGCAGUCGCCCAACGGGACCCCAAGACCUGGAACGAUACUUCCGAUGCAAUAUGCGUGUUUUCUCUUGGCGUGCUAUGGGAGCUCCACCAGCGAACCCCAGAUGAUAGAAUUCAUGGUCAAACAACUAGAAUUCCUUCGCAAGUACAGUGCAAGCUUCCCCCUACGCCUAGGAGUCGUUCUUCAACCACCAAAUGGCUGGCGCUUCCGUAUACAUCUUGCAGAGGACCCUACAGAACGCGGCAUCGAGAUUGGUCACGACACCAAGGUGUUCCGGCAAGCCAUGAUCCAGGCGAAGGAUGAGGCGUUUCCCAGUUGA